ACUUUGAAUGGAGCCACUUCUGGUCGUGGAGUCGUUUCGUGGACUACAUGCAGUGUGUGGUGGCGUUCACCCUGCUGGUGGCCUACAUCACCUAUCUGAUGCUGGACUCCUCUGUGUUCGUAGAGACCCUGGGCUUCCUAGCUGUCUUCACUGAGGCCAUGCUGGGGACGCCACAGCUCUAUUGCAACUACCAGAACAAGAGUACUGAGGGGAUGAGGUGAGGAAGUCACACACUACAGUCGCCAUUCAGUUGUCUUCCCUUUCUCUCACUUGAUAUUCACUGUCUUUCAUCCCAUCUCUUGCUUCCUUACUCCUCGUAUCCCAGCUGCUGAGCUUCAGUGGUUUAUUAUGAGAUGACUUCAAACUGGUCUUCUCAUUUUCAUACCUGUGUAUAAAUGCACUCUCAUUUAUAGAACACUUAAACACUUGGAUAUGUAAUUCACAGACCCGCCUGGUACUGACUUUAGUUCAUUCAGUGAAAGGAUUUUCACUAGAAGUGAAGAUGUUCUUUGGUUUAUAUGAUUUAAACUGAUGACCUUGUUUUGAACAGGAAGCCUCCUUAGAUUGUCUUUAAUUUAACAACUUAUUGGCUUUUUACUGCAUUAAUUCCCCCAGCGAUUAAAUCCUUAGGCAGGAUUCACACUGAGACAAUGAAAUACAUAUAAAACUUAAUCAUCAUCAUUUAGUUUUAAUUGAGGAUAUUUAGUAGUGUUCCCCGAGUUCAACACACAUAUGUACACAAUUUAUAUAGUCACUGAAUGAUCACGCAUCAGACUAAUAUGGGCUAAAUAAUACAUCACUAAAAAUAGAAAGAUUGAGUAGCAUAAUGAUUAUCAAGGACACAUAAUAAGAAAUAUCCCUUUAUAAAAUAAUGAAUGGGUUAAGCCUAACCAAAGAACAUGCCAUUGCCAUGCCAGUCAGGUCCAGAGAUGGUUAAUGACAACAGAUUUGCAUCCCAAAUUGUACCUUAUUCCCUAUAUAGUGCACUACAUUUGACCAGGGCCCAUUAGGGAAAAGGGUGCCAUUUGGGACAACUGAGGCUAAUGAUGCUAAAGGCAUGCUUCUGCUUUUCCAUCACUUCCUGUUGUAAUGACCUGUCAAAGCCAGGCGCAAGACCCCUCUAGCAGACAGUUACAAAACAGAUCAUUACUACAAGACAAAGAGGAGGGCGACUGGGGGCCAUGGGUGAAACAACAUGGCUGCUAUAAUGAUGGAUGUUGGGUGGGGGAAGAAAUGAUAGGGGAUUCUGCUCUACAGGAAGUGGAUGCUGAUCUGUCUUGUCAUGGUUUGAUGGGAAAUUAAGUUCAAAGUUGAUGUAAAUGUGGUCCUCCCUUUCUAUAGCUACAGUACAGCUCCAAAUCAUGUAUUUACUUCAAGGCUGUCAAGUCAACCCCAUUUCUGGAGUGUGCACACACCUGUGCCUGGCUCUGUGCCUGUGUGUCCUGUCCCCAGAAUAAACCGACUCCGUAAACAACAGAUCUCAGUGUGACGUUAUCUGCUCAGCAGUGGCUCUGCCUGUUGUGUCCUGCUCCCUUGCUCUCUGCCUGCUCUGCUCUGCUCUGCUCUGUUAGGUGUCUCUCCCACUGUUCUGUACCUGUUCCACCAGUUUAUGGACUGAGGUUUAUGGUAGGCUGUUGCUAGGUUACUUUACCUCUGCACUGGGUCCUGUAUUUGAGAGUUCUGAUUAGCUGAACGACCUUGAGGAGGAAAUGUUUGUUUGUUCUAAAGCUCCAUGGUCAAACUAAGCUCCAUGGUCAAACUAAGCUCCAUGGUCAAAGCAAGCUCCAUGGUCAAAGACAAUGAAUUAAUUUGAAUUUGAGGCUGAAUUAUAGGCCUGUGUGAAGAUGAAACUCUGUUCCACAGUAAUUUACGAAACAUUAUGACAACCCUGCUGCAUUUAUCCCCUGUGGUCACCUUAGAUGAGAGGUAUUAUAUUGUGAAUAUUUCCUGGUGUGGUGAUUUAGCGUGGGGUUGGUUUGACCAGUGGGUUUUGGAGACCGAUGUACUUAGUGUGUGUGUGGCUCAGCCUCUCUGUGUGUAGAAUUGAUGGCACUUUCAUCUAGGUGUGCUGGUAUAAUACCAGUCUCCAGCGGUGUGUGGGCGUCCAUGCGUCUGUGUGUGUAGCAGGGCAGCAAUGAACACAAACCGACGGGAGAAGUCGAACCAAUGACGUUAAUAUGUCUAUGAGUAGAACAGAGUGCAUUUAGGUAUUCUGUUGAAAUACAGGUCCAAUCACCACCCAGACCUCUCUUGUUAGUGUUGCUGCUGACAAAAGUUAGGCUUGAGCUCUACCAAUGAAGCCUUCCCCAACACCCUCCUGGUUUGACUUGAAUCUGUUUUCAGUGUCUUGCGUGGAGUGACUGGGGUGGGGGGAGCGAGGCGGGGGGAGACUGGGGUGGGAGGAGCGAGGCGGGGGGAGACUGGGGUGGGAGGAGCGAGGCGGGGGGAGACUGGGGUGGGAGGAGCGAGGCGGGGGGAGACUGGGGUGGGAGGAGCGAGGUGGGGGAGACUGGGGUGGGAGGAGCGAGGCGGGGGGAGACUGGGGUGGGAGGAGCGAGGCGGGGGGAGACUGGUGUGGGGGAGCGAGGCGGGGGGGUGGGGUGGGGGGAGCCAGGCGGGGGGAGACUGGGGGUGGGAGGAGCGAGGUGGGGGAGACUGGGGUGGGAGGAGCGAGGUGGGGGAGACUGGGGUGGGGGGUGCGAGGUGGGGGAGACUGAGGAGGGGGAGACUGGGGUGGGGGAGACUGGGGUGGGGUGAGCGAGGUGGGGGAGACUGGGGUGCUGGGCCCCUGGCCUGAGAUAAAGGUAAUGAAACAUGGAGGGACAGGUUCUGCAGACCGCCUACUGACUGACUGCCCUUAUAAGUCCUCACUGUAAGAGCUGUUUCACAAGGACAGAUAACACUGAGGGACUUCCUUAUUUAGCCUGCCGUCUGACUGUUGUUUGACCCAAUAAAUCAAUUCAGUAUACAAGUCUGUCUCUACAUUCAACAACACUACAUCACUACCUUGUCAGACUAGUCUAUGACAACUUGUCUAAGCAGAAACAGACCCCUCCCCUCCCCUCCCCUCCUUGGGCUUUGGAGCUGCUGAUUACCUGAUGAAAUGCAGAGCGUCUUCCAUCCUCCACCACAUUCGAUACAUACACGCUUUUUUACCUCCUGGUCAGUCUUCUGUAAGACUUUUUUACCUCCCAGGCAUAUUCUGACCCCCUCUAUGACCUCCCAGCAUUCUCUCUCAAGAGUGUUUUAUCAGUCCUCCUGCUGAAUGCCACCCUAUUCCCUAUAUAGAUGGGCCUUGGUCAAAAGUAGUGCACUGCAUAGGGUGCCCUUUGGGGUGCAGACAGUCAGCAGAAGGACUGAUAAAACCCUCAAUCCAGCUCUCACAUCAUUACACACUGGGCUGGCCCAAACUGUAUGUCAGCACUCAGAGAGAAAAUAAAGAAAUGUUGCUCCUCUUUCCAGGACUAACAAGCUUUGUACCCUGGAGGGGGAGGAUGGAGGGAGGGAGAGAGAGAGAGGGAGGGAGAAGUAGGGAGGAUGAGUAGAUGCAUGGUAAGGUUAUUAAAAAGUGUGUUACAAAUGAAAGGGCUAAAUGGGAGGUGAUGGUAGACACAUGAAUAAUGUAGAAGAUUUGACAGGUCUCACUCCUUCCUCUCCCCCUCCCCUCAUCCUGUGGGUGCUAGCUAGCAGACAGCCUGAGACGGGGGCUGUGUUUGGGGUGAGUGGUGGACCUGUACCCUGUAAAUCAGCCUGAAGACAAUUACCUCCAAUCCCUUCUGUAUAUCUGCUAAGUGGCUUCUGCUAGAGAAUAGUAUUUUUACUUUGAAGCCACCAUUGUAGCCUCAAUGCAUCAAAUAUGUGUCAAUUAAUUUCACUUUACAUUUUAGUCAUUUAGGAGACGCUCUUAUCCAGAGUGCAUACAUUAUUUUUUUAUUUUUCAUACCCCCCGUGGGAAAGGUGUUCGAUGGGGUUGCGGUCAGGGCUCUGUGCAGGCCAGUCAAGUUCUUCCACACCGAUCUCGACAAACCAUUUCUGUAUAGACUUCGCUUUGUGCACGGGGGCAUUGUCAUGCUGAAACAGGAAAAGGGCCUUCCCCAAACUGUUGCCACAAAGUUGGAAGCACAGAAUCGUCUAGAAUGUCAUUGUAUGCUGUAGUGGUAAGAUUUCCCUUCACUGGAACUAAGGGGCCUAGCCCAAACCAUGAAAAACUAUUAUUAUUAUUAUUAUUAUUAUUAUUAUAAAAACAGCCCCAGACCAUUAUUCCUCCUCCAUCAAACUUUACAGUUGGCAUUAUGCAUUGGGGUAGGUAGCGUUUUCCUGGCAUCCGCCAAACCCAGAUUUGUCCGUCGGACUGCCAGAUGGUGAAGCGUGAUUCAUCACUCCAGAGAACACAUUUCCACUGCUCCAGAGUCCAAUGGCGGCAAGUUUUACACCACUCCAGCUGACACUUGGUAUAGCGCAUUGUGAUCUUAGGCUUGUGUGCAGCUGCUCGGCCAUGGAAACCAAUUUCAUGAAGCUCCCGACGAACAGUUCUUGUGCUGACGUUGCUUCCAGAGGCAGUUUGGAACUCGGUAAUGAGUGUUAUGCACUUCAGCACUCGGCGGUCCCAUUCUGUGAGCUUGUCUGGCCUACCACUUCGUGGCUGAGCCGUUGUUGCUCCUAGACGUUUCCACUUCAUAAUAUUUAUUUAUUUUUAUUUCACCUUUAUUUAACCAGGUAAGCCAGUUGAGAACAAGUUCUCAUUUACAACUGCGACCUGGCCAAGAUAAAGCAAAGCAGUGCGAUAAAAACAACAACACAGAGUUACAUAUGGGGUAAACAAAACAUAAAGUCAAAAAUACAACAGAAAAUAUAUAUACAGUGUGUGCGAAUGUAGUAAGUUAUGGAGGUAAGGCAAUAAAUAAAAUAGGCCAUAGUGCAAAAAUAGUUACAAUUUCAUAAUUAACACUGGAAUGAUAGAUGUGCAAAAGAUGAUGUGCAAAUAGAGAUACUGGGGUGCAAAUUAGCAAACUAAAUAACAAUAUGGGGAUGAGGUAGUUGGGUGGGCUAAUUACAGAAUGGCUGUGUACAGGUGCAGUGAUCGGUAAGCUGCUCUGACAACUGACGCUUAAAGUUAGUGAGGGAGAUAAGAGUCUCCAGCUUCAGAGAUUUUUGCAGUUCGUUCCAGUCAUUGGCAGCAGAGAACUGGAAGGAAUGGCGGCCAAAGGAGGUGUUGGCUUUGGGGAUGACCAGUGAGAUAUACCUGCUGGAGCGCAGACUACGGGUGGGUGUUGCUAUGGUGACCAGUGAGCUAAGAUAAGACAGGGAUUUGCCUAGCAGUGAUUUAUAGAUGACCUGGAGCCAGUGGGUUUGGCGACGAAUAUGUAGUGAUUGCCAGCCAACAAGAGCGUACAGGUCACAAUGGUGGGUAGUAUAUGGGGCUUUGGUGACAAAAUGGAUGGCACUGUGAUAGACUACAUCCAAUUUGCUGAGUAGAGUGUUGGAGGCUAUUUUGUAAAUGACAUCGCCGAAGUCAAGGAUCGGUAGGAUAGUCAGUUUUACGAGGGCAUGUUUGGCAGCAUGAGUGAAGGAGGCUUUGUUUGUGAAAUAGGAAGCCGAUUCUAGAUCUAACUUUUGAUUGGAGAUGCUUAAUGUGAGUCUGGAAGGAGAGUUUACAGUCUAACCAGACACCUAGGUAUUUGUAGUUGUCCACAUACUCUAGGUCAGACCCGCUGAGAGUAGUGAUUCUAGUCGGGUGGGCGGGUGCAAGCAGCGUUCGGUUGAAGAGCAUGCUUUUAGUUUUACUAGUGUUUAAGAGCAGUUGGAGGCUACGGAAGGAGUAUUGUAUGGCGUUGAAGCUCGUUUGGAGGUUUGUUAACACAGUGUCCAAUGAAGGGCCAGGUGUAUACAAAAUGGGGUCGUCCGCAUAGAGGUGGAUCCGAGCGUCACCAGCAGCAAGAGCGACAUCAUUGAUAUACACAGAGAAUAGAGUCGGCCCGAGAAUUGAACCCUGUGGCACCUCCAUAGAGACAGCCAGAGGUCCAGACAACAGACCCUCUGAUUUGACACAUUGAACUCUAUCUGAGAAGUAGUUGGUGAACCAGGCGAGGCAGUCAUUAGAGAAACCAAGGCUAUUUAGUCUGCCAAUAAGAAUGCGGUGGUUGACAGAGUCGAAAGCCUUGGCCAGGUCGAUGAAGACGGCUGCGCAGUACUGUCUUUUAUCGAUCGCGGUUCUAAUAUUGUUUAGGACCUUGAGCGUGGCUGAGGUGCACCCAUGACCAGCUCGGAAACCGGAUUGCAUAGCGGAGAAGGUACGGUGGGAUUCGAAAUGGUCGGUGAUCUGUUUGUUAACUUGGCUUUCAAAUACUUUCGAAAGGCAGGGCAGGAUGGAUAUAGGUCUGUAACAGUUUGGAUCUAGAGUGUCACCCCCUUUGAAGAGGGGGAUGACCGCGGCAGCUUUCCAAUCUCUGGGGAUCUCAGACGUUACGAAAAAGAGGUUGAACAGGCUAGUAAUAGGGGUUGCGACAAUUUCGGCGGCUAAUUUUAGAAAUAAGGGUCCAGAUUGUCUAGCCCAGCUGAUUUGUAGGGGUCCAGAUUUUUCAGCUCUUUCAGAACAUCAGCUGUCUGAAUUUGGGUGAAGUAGAAGCGGGGGGGGGGGCAUGGGCAAGUUGCAGCGGAGGGUGCAGAGCUGGUGGCCGGGGUAGGGGUAGCCAGGUGGAAAGCAUGGCCUGCCGUAGCAAAAUGCUUGUUGAAAUUCUCGAUUAUUGUAGAUUUAUCGGUGGUGACAGUGUUUCCUAGCCUCAGUGCAGUGGGCAAUUGGGAGGAGGUGCUCUUAUUUUCCAUGGACUUUACAGUGUCCCAAAACUUUUUGGAGUUAGUGCUACAGGAUGCAAAUUUCUGUUUGAAAAAGCUAGCCUUUGCUUUCCUAACUGAUUGUGUAUAUUGGUUCCUGACUUCCCUGAAAAGUUGCAUAUCGCGGGGGCUGUUCGAUGCUAAUGCAGUACGCCACAGGAUGUUUUUGUGCACUUACAAUUGACCGGGGAAGCUCUAGCAGGGCAGACAUUUCACGAACUGACUUGUUGGAAAGGUGGCAUCCUAUGAUGGUGCCACGUUAAGUCACUGAGCUCUUCAGCAAGGCCAUUCUUCUGCCAAUGUUUGUCUAUGGAGAUUACAUGGCUGUGUGCUUGAUUUUAUACACCGGUCAGCAACGGGUGUGGCUGAAAUAGCCGAAUCCACUAAUUUGAAGGGAUAUCCACAUACUUUUGUAUAUAUAGUGUAUAUCACUUAUUGGCCUAACCCUUUGUUCUGACACAGAUCUACUAUUCACAUGUAUCCUCUCAGAAUCCCUCACCCUUGAUCCACCCUCCUCUACUUUUUCACUGAAGGCUCCGGUCUCUCGUCGUUGUGUGCUUGUAAACAAACACCACAUGACUGGGGACUACCGUAAGCUUCAUAAUGUGACCGAUUUUAAAUAAGGAACGCAAUGUUCUUUAACUCCUAACGUAUUCCACAAGUUGACUGCAGGUAUUUACUUAAAGUAGCUACACAUAUUCAAAUAUAUAAAAAAAACUUCAAAGAAAUGGUAUCGACAGUAUUGAAAAACCAUCCCGUGGAUUUUUCCAAGUACCCCGGUAUACACAGUAUACCGCCCAAGCCUAGUCAAUAUUAGACAUUAAUGUAUGGUUAUGGUUAUGACCCAAUCAUUGUAUUCUCACAGAUACUGUAUAGUAUUCAUAGGAUGUGUAUUGGAUGAAUUUAUUAGGCCUACUAAUGCAUACCAUGAUGUAACGCCUAGAAAUGUUUUGUCUGAAUAAUUAUUUUUAAUUUUAAACGUACACCACAACCAUACAAAACCCUACACAGGUCUUCCCUUUACACCAAUUAGAUUAGGCCUCACCCUUUAAAUUCAUGCGUUAAUAGUCAGAUUAGCGUUCUAGCCGUUGAUUAUGAAAACUCCUGUGGUCUACACAGUAAUGGAAAGUGCUGACAUGUCAGAUUUGGCUCUGGCACUCAGAGCAGAGGUCCCUACUCCAAAAUGUCACAACACGACAAAAGGCAGGUUGUAUUAAGACCAGCAGAUAGAGGCUGCCUCUGCUCUCAGAAGGGAGUGUUGUUGUGGUAGGCAGUUAUUGUAAACACUUCUGAAGGCUGAAUGCUGUUAGCUAACUGUGUUUGUGCCUCAGACCUUCCUUUGUCAGCGUUUACCUUCCGUCCUUGGCUUCAGUACAAAGCCUGGGGAGAAAAACAAAGAGGAGAGAGGGUGGAAGAGGAGUAGCUGGGGAGACGGUCAGUCUAUUGUGCUUUAUCCAUAAUCACCAACACUCACACAAAACUAACCCGGAGUGGAGCAGAGAUCCUGGGAACUCAGCUUGCCAUGAAACUUUACAUUUACCCAUUUAUAAUAAGCAACACUGUUUUCGUCAUCUAAAAAGAAGAGGGUUUUCAAAACUGUUUGUACAGUAGACAACAUGCCUAGAGGCCUCCUGCUGUACUGCCCUUCUGUCACUGUUAGUGUUUUACUUCCCUAUCCGCUCAGUGAUACCGAGAGGAGGGGCCACAUCUCACCCUAAAGUAGGGCUCUCCAACACUGUUCCUGGAGAGCUACCGUCCUGUAGGUUUUCGCUCCAACCCUAAUCUAGUGCACGUGAUUCUAAUAUUUAGCUGGUUGACAAACUGAAUCAGUUGGUUACAACUGGGGUUGGAGCGAAAACCUACAGGAGGAUAGCGCUCCAGGAACAGGGUUGGAGAGCCCUGCCCUAAAAGAACACUCCCAUCACAAACCAUAGAGUAGUUCUUCCUCAGUAGCUUUUAGAACAAUAGUUGUUUAUUUACUCUGACUUCCUGAGAAGUCAGUCUAAGCAGCUCCCUGAGAGGAGGGAGAAGAGCUGCAGCAGAUGGGUGGACUCACUGCACCAUGACUUUGAAUUGAAGAACCUCACUGAGAGAAGUUCUAAAGUCAGAAGAGUUGAGGUGGUAACUUCCUUUUAAAAGUUUGUUUUGGAAAUAGAGGGUCAGUAUCCCCACCUGAAACUGUAUGUGUUUGGUCUGUUAUUGCGUUAAUCUUUUCCCAUCAUUUCCUAAUGUCUCUUUCUGUCAGGAUUAAGGCUGUGUCCGAAUACCUGUACUUACGUUCUAAAUAGUACGCUUUUUGGGUAUGCGGAAAUAUAACGUUUUAUAGUGUGUGACAUUUUGAAAAUGUAGUAUGCUUUAAAUGCCAGGAUGUCAUACUCAUUUCGACUUUUCAUCUGGUAGAAAUCACUGCACACUUAAGGAAGAAAAAACAUGUUUUCAGACCCACGUGUGUUUGACAACAGCUGAUAAUCAGCUGAUAACUAGAUAAGAGGACAGGCUGUAGCAAAACGAACUAAUGGCGCAAUUGCGCAUUAGGUGACGCAUUCUCAGUAUGGGUGAGCCUAAUAUGUUAAUUUGUUGCUUACUGCAUGCAUUUAUACUAAACAGUACGUAAUGAAGUGUGUAGUAUGAUUAGUACACGGUAUGUCGUUUUUAGUAAGUUGUAAGCAAGACAUUUUGGACACAGCAACAAUUAUGUUUAUCUCCCCCUCUCUUCUUUCUCCUCCCUCGCUCCCUGCAGUAUAAAGAUGGUGAUGAUGUGGACGAGUGGGGACACCUUUAAGACGGGUUACUUCCUGCUGACCGAGGCUCCUGUCCAGUUCUGGACCUGUGGUCUGCUGCAGGUGGGAGUGGACAUUGCCAUCCUCUUCCAGGUGUACUACUACAGCCGCUACCCGCAGAAACCCGUCUCACACACCGUGUCCCACACAACCAGCACCAAGGCACUC